UUCGCGCUAGACACGAAUACGACUAUUACCACAGAAUAAAAGUAAGAGUACGAAAGAAAAUGGCUGCCGUUAUACCUGUUGUGACCAAGCUGUCCUCUCGAAUUAUACGAAUUUUGGGAUGCAAUCCUGGACCUAUGACUCUUCAAGGGACAAAUACUUAUAUCUUGGGCACUGGAAAAAGGCGAAUUCUUUUGGAUACCGGCGAAGGCAAUACCCCACAAUAUGUCAACAGCCUUAAAGCAGUUCUCCACAAUGAGGGUUGCACUUUAUCACACAUUUUCCUGUCUCAUUGGCACAACGAUCAUGUUGGUGGUGUAAAAGAUGUGCUGGACCUCAUCAACUAUACCUCCGAUUGUGAAAUAUGGAAGCAUCCCAGAAAAGAAGCUAAUGGGAAAAUCAGCAAUGAGGAUAUCAAAAUUAAUCAGUUUCAAGAUGGUCAAGAAUUUGCAGUAGAGGGCGCCACAUUACGUAUUAUACACACCCCCGGACACACAACAGACCAUUGUGUCUUUCUUCUAUUAGAAGAAAAUGCUAUUUUCAGUGCAGAUUGCAUUUUGGGCGAAGGUACUGCCGUUUUUGAAGACUUACACGACUAUAUGAACUCUUUGGAAAUUAUUUUGGGUUUACAACCUACAGUUGUAUAUCCCGGGCAUGGAAAUGUAGUUCAUCAUCCCCAAGAAAAGAUCCAGUACUAUAUAGAACACAGAAAUGAGCGCGAGAUGCAAAUAUUGUCAACGCUGAGAGAUAAUCCGUGCCAAAUAUUUACCGAAAUGGAUUUGGUCCGUCUUAUUUACAGGGACACUCCUGAAAAGAUGUGGCGAGCAGCCGCUUAUAACGUGAACCAUCAUUUACUAAAAUUGCUGAAGGAGAAAAGAGUUAAGCAAAUAGAGAACAUGUGGCAAAUCACUGAUCCUUGUAAAAUGUAAAUAUUGCCGCCUUUGUUAUAUUUAUUUGAUUAAUUAAAUUUUAAGUAUUCUAUUGUACGGUUGAAUAA